GCCGUCGCCGCCGCCGCCGCCUCCUCCCCUCCUCCUUCCAAGAACCCGCUUUUUCAUCCGCGCAUUCACCUCCGGCCUCCCUGCGGAGGAGCACGCAGAUUCCGUGUAGCAGAACAUCGCGUGCCACGACGUUAAAAAUCUAGCCAUGGCGGAGUCGCUGAGCCAGCUGAGGGACAUAUUCGAGCGGUUCGACAUGGACUCCGACGGCAGCCUGACGAUCCUGGAGCUCGCGGCACUCCUCCGCUCGCUCGGGCUCAAGCCAUCCGGGGACCAGGUCCACGUCCUGCUCGGCAACAUGGACGCCAACGGCAACGGCCUGGUCGAGUUCGACGAGCUGGUGAACGUGAUACUGCCGGGCAUAAACGAGGACGCGCUGAUCAACCAGGAGCAGCUCCUGGAGGUGUUCCGUUCCUUUGACCGCGAUGGCAACGGGUACAUCACCGCGGCGGAACUCGCCGGGGCUAUGGCCAAGAUGGGCCAGCCGCUGACGUACAAGGAGCUCAGGGAGAUGAUCAAGGAGGCCGAUGCGGACGGGGAUGGCAUGAUUAGCUUUAAUGAGUUCGCUACUGUAAUGGCGAAAUCGGCCUCUGAUAUCUUCGGCAGAUCCUUUUAGUAAUGUAGAUGAUCCUUUUACUGGUAAUGUGGUGAUCUUUGGCAAGCCAGAACGACAUAAGGUCAUCCACAUUGCAGAGAGUUUGUGCAGAUUCAUGGUCUCUCUGGAAAACCAAUGUUGAUUAGAUGGUUAGAAUUCUAGAAAGUGAGUUCUUUCUUGCUUUGCAAUGCGCAUGAUUCGCGCGACACGAGGCAAGAACCCGAGAACCCGGUUCGACCUCAACUGUUGAUUAAUUCUUUUAUAUGUAGAUAAGAUCUGUCAGCCGACAAUUUGUUCCCCAGAUCAAUUGAUUUCUGGAGUUUCUCCUCGUG